CCUGACCAUAACCAAAGACUUGCACUCACGCAUGUUGUUCUUGAUACAGCACGCGGACGCGCUCGACGAGUCUCUCUUUUCGUUAGCUCAGCGGCGCCGGGUUAUGCUUGCGUAAUGCUGGUGAAGCACGCACGCACGCGUCGACAGUCACUGAUCUCUCUCAACCCCCCUUCCACGUCAACAAGCAAGUUGAACAAUGCCUUAACUAUUCCAUUGUGUCUUUGUUCCUUUCCUUUGUUCAUAUCGCACGCCAAUCAUCAGAGUCAAUACUGCGCUGGACGCAUCAUUCUCUCAUUAUUGUUCUACCAGAAGACUGCCUCAAUCCCAUUCAACAUCGAAGCAUAACGCGCCGGCCGCACACCAUCAACCAGCAUACUAAUACUAUUCCGAAACCUGAUACCCGCAAAAAGUCAACAACAGAAACUCGAAACCAUGCCUUUCAGCCAAGUCUUCGAAAAACACAUGAACAGCGAGAUGCGAGCCGACACGGAGCAGCAGCAAUCCCGAGGCAAGAAAGCAGACUUACCGCCGCCCCCAACGCCCGACGAGGAGGCCAUCGACGCAGAGUAUUCGGAGAAGAAGGACUGUCCGCCACGCUUCUCCACUCUAUUCGAGAGCGCGCCAUCAUCUCCGGCCCGGAAGUUCGAGAGCUACCCACCCCCGAAACGCAGAUCAGGCGUAUGGCUUCCUAUGCCACUCUUCGUCCUCCUGUGCGUCAUACUACUAUUUGAGAGCACGCUGCUCUUCGCAUACACAGUCAUCGGUCUCUACAACAACCUACCUACACGAUUCGUCGCUCCGAAUGCGGCAGGCUGCAACUGUAGAGAUGACAAGCCCGCAAUCAAUAUAGCGCCGAAUUUCUUUAUGCCUCAAACACAAGCUCUAGCUACGCAGACGGUCACGGUGGUGGGUGCUGGCUCGUUUCCUCACGUCGUACCAACCACUUCCGUGCUGGCGUCCAGUACGCCAACCCCGGCAACGCCGUCGGCGAACACGUCCACCACUGGUGCAAGCUUACAGGCGGCCGCAGUCGCCUCAGAUAUCCUUGGCAUACUGCACGCCAUGAGCACCACAAGUAGCUCUGAUGGCGUUGCCACUGUCACGGCUGCGCCAACCUCAACCCUCGUUCUCUCCGAGGUCGCACAACCUAGCACCGUCAACAGUGUGACGCUCGUCACAGUCGAUGCCGCAGGCUCCACGCUACCGCCGCGAUCAACGGUAACAUCAGUGACCGUCAUCGAUGCGUCUCAGGCAGCCGCCGCAACUGCCGCUGCAGAGAGCAGCAUUUCGGCAGCCGUGGCAAGCAACUCGCGAGCGCUGACUCCAGAUCCAAUACCUUCCAGCACGACGCUUGUGAGAAGCACGGCGAGCACAGACACCCCAUCUACAACGGGGCAACCAUCAGCAAGCCAGGUAAUAAGCAGUAUGAAAUUUCGGAGCAAGUGACAGACUUGGCGACUAAUAACUGUAUCGGUGCUAUGGUGAGGAUGGGCAACGUGUGUCUGUAGGUGAUCUUGAUUGAGAAAGCGAGCUUCGAGCGAGGAGACAUCGUAGGGAACAUUGCGAGUAGAGCAGAUAGCGGCAUGAAGCUUACUUCGCCACUCCGGUUCAAUGACCAAGACGGGGUUUGAUGGCAUUGAUCAGGGUAACAAAGUGCUACGGCGAGUGAUCGAGUUGUGAACAAUCGUUCUCCA